AUGGACGACAAUGGCGAUUCAGAGAGAUCGUACGACUGCUCUGAUGCCGAUCAUUAUUACGAGCUGAAAGAAGAGCGUGAUGAAAUGGAGCAGGAGAACCUGCGCGAGCGGAAGGAGAAAGGACGACAACGAGAUAUUGAGAAGACUGAGGAAGAGGAGGUUCGCGUUGCAUAUAGAUCUCUCAACAAAGCUGAAAAGGAACGCAAGACAAUCCCAGCCCGAUCACUUACUGGCCAGAGGUUUAGGCUCUUCUGCGGCGAUCACGUUGACCUUUUCUACUCUAGUUUCUACGUGACUAAAAGAGUGGAUUUCUACCACCUUGACAACACAGAAACUCCCUCUCCGCUCGCCAUCAGCCGGCGAGAGUUGGUUUGA